AUGUCAGCACCUCCGCCUUCGACGCCGCUUGGGCGCUAUCGCGUCCUCUCUCCACUUGCAGGUGUCCGAGUCUCACCGCUCCAACUUGGAGGGGCGAGUAUUGGGGACCAAGGUCAUAAAAUCGGCAUGGGCGCGAUGGAUAAGGAGUCGUCCUUUAAACUUCUUGACGCCUAUUUUGAUGCCGGAGGAAACUUUAUUGAUACUGCAAGUACCUAUCAGUUUGGGACAUCCGAGAUGUUCAUUGGAGAAUGGGCUGAAAACCGAGGGAUACGUGAUCAACUUGUUAUUUCUACGAAAUAUUCGAAUAAUCUUAAAGUUGCUGAUCCGGAUGUUAAUAUCAAAGCCAACUUUAGCGGCAACAACGCCAAAUCGAUGAGAAUAAGCGUCGAUCAGAGUCUCAAGAAUCUUCGUACUCAUUACAUCGACAUUUUCUACCUCCACUUUUGGGACUUCACUUCAUCCGUCGAAGAAGUCAUGGAUGCGCUGCAUAUUCUUGUCUCUUCGGGCAAGAUCCUCUAUCUCGGAAUAUGCAAUGCGCCAGCUUGGGUUGUUGUCCACGCAAAUAUGUACGCGAGGCAACACGGAAAGACGCCAUUCGUGAUAUAUCAAGGUGCAUGGAAUGUGAUGGAUCGUAGCUUCGAACGUGACAUUAUCCCGAUGGCGCGUUCACACGGUCUAGCUCUGGCUCCUUAUAACGUCCUUGGUUCAGGCAAACUCCGGACUGAUGCAGAGGAAGAAAGGCGCGCGACAACUGGUGAGAACGGUAGGACUGUCUUCCGAUCGGAUUGGAGACGCAACGAGAAGGAAAGGAAAAUGAGCGCGGCACUUGAAAAGGUAGCGAAGGAAGUCGGGACGGAACAUAUCACUGCUGUGGCGAUUGCAUACGUAAUGCAGAAGACACCAUACGUAUACCCCAUUAUCGGAGGUCGAAAGGUCGAGCACCUGAUGGCGAACAUUGAGGCGUUGAAGAUCUCGCUUUCGGAUGACCAGAUGAAGUAUUUGGAAAGCAUUUUACCGUUUGAGCCGGGCUAUCCUCAUAACUUAAUUGGGAACGGUACUGGUCGACCUGCUGUGUUAGCUAGCUCGGGACACGAGGACAUCUGGCCAAUCAAGCAGCCAAUCAAACCGAGUAAAUUGUAA